AUGAGAUCUAUUAUUUUUCUUCUUGUGAUUUUGGUGGGUUUUCUUUUUUUUUGAAGAAUUUUCUCAGAAAAAAUAAUUAGUGAAAAUGGGUUUUUGUUGUUUUGUCUUUUUUUUUGAAGAAACAGAAAAAUCACACAUUUUUUCUGAAUUUCGUUGAGUGAAGUAAGAUGAGAGUCAUUAGUAGGGCAACAAAUGACAACAACAAAAAUGAUGUCAAAAAAUUGUUGAUUUUUUCGCAAGGAGCUAAUGAGCUGAAAAAUGAACUCAUAGUCAGGGAAAAAGUUCGAAUUUCCAAGUGAAGUACAAGAAUUAGAUAUUUUUAGGUCAAACAUCAACUAGAAAAUGAUUUUCUGAAAAUCAAAAGAAGAAUUUACAGAGAUCUUUCAGCUUUGAACUUAAUUUUUGAAUCUGUAAAUUCAGAGGGGUUUUCACGACAGAAACAUGCAAGUUAGCUUAAUUAUGCUGAAAAUCAUUAGAACUUCGAAAUUUUAAAUUAAAAAAUAUCUGAAAAUUUGGAAAAAAAUUAUGGGAAUCUAAAGUUGUUUAACAAUAAGAGUGGCAAUGUUGAAAGACGAAACCAACUAGAAAAAUUGGCUGUGAAAAAAAAAAAUAUUUUAAAAAAUCAAAUUCCACGUGGCAAUUAGAAUCUCCAAAAACAACUUGUCAUGCAGAAAUUUUUCUGAAACCCUGUGAUUUUUCUUCACACACCAAUUUAGAUGUCCACGUGGAAAUUAGCAAAUCACACUUUUCUGUCUGUUUCUGUUGAUGGAACUUCCACGUGAUGUCUUAUAGACUCUCGUUGCAACUUCCAAAAACAUCUACGUCAGCGUUGUGUGAAAUAAAUAUAUUUUGCAAAUCGAAAAAAAAACACACACACGAGGAAAGUUACUUAUCCUAACCUCACCACAAAAUAAUUCGUGUGUUAGGACACAGAUGUGAAAUUGGUUUUGACACAUUUCCCAAAGGAUCUCCGCUAGACUUUUUCUUUUUUGUCUUUAAUUAACUUUCGCCGCUCGAUGUUUUUUCCGAAAUCCGCAAGAAAUUUGUUUAUUAUAUGUGUUUUUUCGGACGAAAGAAAGAAAAGAAAAUUUCAAAAAUUUACUGAAUUUCAACGACUAGAUUUUUGAAUACUGUAGCUCAGAUUUGAUGCUGAAACAUUGCAAAUUAUCACAUUUCUCCAGAAGUUUUCAAAACGUUAUCAAAGUCUCUGUGAGAUUUAUUGAAAAUCAUGUUUUUUUUUUCAAAAUCGUAAGGAUUUUGUUUAUUUUUUCGAAAAAUUCGAAUGUUUAUUUAAUGAACUAAGGGUAUAUAUUUUGAGGAACCGCCGCGCCAGCGAAAAAUAUUUAAUAUUUUGAAUAUUCAAAUUUGUUCUCUGGAUAUACUGAAAAACAAACAACAAUAAUAAUACAGCUUGAGAAAAACAUUUGAAUUCAAAAAAUUUAAAUUCUAGGUCACACUCACUGAAAGUUCGGCCAUCAGAAUUCAACCGGUUUUUAUGACGACAAAAAGGGCAUUUGAUCGUUUGGGCAAUAGUGCUUUCGACACUUUUGAUAAACGUGCUUUUGAUACUUUGGUGAGUUUUGAAUUUUUUGUCACGACAUAGUGCAAAAUUUGAAUAUUCAUUUAACUGAGAAAGUGCGCUCAAUUGAUAAACAUGUUUAUUUUUCUAAAAUUCAAAUAGGCAUAUUUUUACUUUAUUUUUGCCAUUUUCAAAAUAUGUUCUUUUAUAAAAGUGCGUUCGUUCUACUGAUCAUUCAAUUUUUCAGGGAGGAAACGCAUUCAACAAACGAGCUUUCGACACAUUGGUGAGUUUUUUUCAAGUUUUUUGCCACGUCAUAACUUCAUUUUUCAGUUGGAAAAGUUUUUCUCGGAAAAUUAAAAGAGAAAGUGCUCUUUAAUAAAAUCGCAUUCCUUCUAGAAAUUUGAAUUUUUCAGGGUGGAAAUGCUUUCAACAAACGAGCUUUUGACACAUUGGUGAGUUGGAUUUGCCACGUCAUGACUCAGAAAAAAGUCAACAGAGCAUGGAUGCUCGAAGUUUCAAUGACUGAAGUGCAGUCCAUUAAAAAUAUGACGUUUUCUUGUUAUCCUAAAAAUUUAUGUCGAGUUAUGACGUGGCACUUCAAAUAUAUUUUUGAAACGUCAUAACUAUGGUAAUUACGAUAAUAUCUUGCGACGUCAUAACUUGAAACACUCAAGAAAAUUUAUUUUCCCUUACUAUUUGUAAUUUGUAAUUCACUCCAAUAAAUACACAACAAUCAAAACAGGCUUAAUUUUUUACGUUACUAUAAAUAAUUUUGAAACCUAUUUUUUCCAGGGUGGAAACGCAUUCAACAAACGAGCUUUUGACACAUUGGUGAGUUGAAUUUUCCACGUCAUAACUUCAAAACUAGCAAAUCUUAUCUAUUUUUGCAGGGCGGAAAUGCUUUCAAUAAACGCGCUUUUGAUACCUUGGUAAGUUAGUAUAACUUAAAAAUAUAUAUAGUGUUUUUUAUCCAAAAAAAUAGUGAAUUGAAGUUAAUGACUACAAAAAGUAGGAUAUUUCCCAACCAAAAACAAUUUGGAGUUGAAUUUGAACAAAGAAUCGGCCCUCUUUGAUUUUUGAAAUGAGAAAACUUUAAAAAUAGUCAACUGGAAUUGGAGUGAUUCGAAAAAUACAAUUUGAACUCAACUCUCGAUUUGUUUGAUUCUGGAAAAUCUGGAAGACCUGAAAACUUUGAUAUUAUCUUUUAAAGGAUUUUGAGAAAUUUUUUUGAACAUUUUCAAAAAAAUUAUUGAGAAUAAUUUCCAGGAUAAGAAUUUUUUAAAAGAAAAUUUGAAAAAUAGAAAAAAGUUCGAUCUCAAGAUUCUUGAUUUUUGCAGGGCUCAAAUGCGUUCCAGAAAAGAGCAUUCGACACAAUAGGAACAUCGGCUUUUGGCGAUUUCGAUUUCGACGAUUACCGAUACAACAAACGCGCUUUUGAUACAUUGGGCCGAACGGCUUUUGGAGAUAUGAUGCGAAAACGCGCUUUUGAUUCUUUAGUGAGUCUUGAACAAAUUUUAAUUCCACGUUUUUUAACAUCAAAGAAUCCCCUUGGUUACUUCAGAAUUCCUACGUGGAUUACUGUAUUGUCAUUCCGAAAAAAAAAGAACCUUGGAAGAGAACCGAAAUGGCCUAAGACACCAAGACUACAGUAGACUUCGCAAAAUUUUGGAGUCUAUUUGAAAAAUAAAAUGCGAAAUUUACACGCUGGCUAUUUGCCAACCAGUUUGAUGUGCAUGUGUCACGUCAUUUUUAGUCUACUGUACGUGAGCGCCAAUUUAAACGAGGGUUCUUUUAUUUUCGGAUUGACAAUAUUAGUGUAUUAGGUAAAUCCACAAUCUUAAAAAAUAUCUGAUAUUUCAAAAAAAUUUUUUUUUCAUUCAGAGAAAUGUGAAGUUUUCGAUAACUUUGGGCUCUCUCAUUUUAUUUUAGACCCAUAUUCAAAAUAUUUUUAUUUUCAGGGCAACAUGGCCGGCUUCGACAAAAAGUGAUCUUCAAAAAACAACUUCAACUUCAACUUCUACUAAUAAUAAUACUGAUUUUUAAAACUUUUCAAAGAAAAAACUAUCACUAAUAAUAAGAAGAAAAUAAGAAAAUCAAUCUAUUUACCGGUUUGCGUGUGAAAUAAACAUAAUGACGUUAAUUAAAAUCUUUUUUGUGGUCGAGAAAAAAAUCCAACAAAAAUUGAAAUGUGUGGGUUUUUUAAUGACUGAUGCGAUAAUGUAUUCGAUUGUCAUGGAAAAUAAUAAAAAAUAAAGAAUAAAAAUUGUGCGGGGGAUUUUUCUGGAUUAUUCAAGAAUCGUAAAUUCACCGCGUGGAUUUUGGACGAAAAACAUUGAGAAAUUUUCAGAAGAGAUUUUCAGAGGUACUGGAAAAAUUAAAUGUUUAAAAUUUAAAUUUAGUUUCAUCUGAUAAUUACAAAAUCACUUCGAGUUAAUUUUUAUCAUAGUCCUCACUACUAAUUUUUUUAAAAAAUAUGUUUUGUUAGAAAUUUUACUGGUAAAAUGAACUUCUAUGUCAUAGGGUAUUUAUUUUUCAAAAGAUUUCAAACUUUCUAAAUUUUAAUCGAGGAGUUCGGGGAGAUUAAAAAAAUCAUAAAAUUUUCCCGAUCGGGAAAUUUUUUUCGAAAAAAACAUCGAUGUUUACUUUUUUCAAACCCUGCGAGGGGUUUUUUUUUCAAUGAAAAACAUAGAUUUCGAGGACGUUUUGGGCUUUUCAGUCAAUCUAACGAAAAGAAUUUUUAGUCAAUCUAUUAUUUCAUUUUUUUCGAGGUUCUGGGCUCAAAAAAUGAGUUGAAAAAUAAAAUUUGAAAUUUUCAGUCAAUCUAACGAAGAGAAUUUUUAGUCAAUCUACUAGGGGCUAUUAGCCCCCAGGCGAAACAGUCUUCUUAUUAUUUCAGUUCCAUUUUUUUCUGUGAUUAUUUUCAAUUUUCUGUGGAAAACAAAUUCAUGAAAAAUUUCAAGUUUUUUUAUCAAAAAAUGACUCGUGGCAAAAUCAGGAAGGCUUCCUAAUUUUGCCAUGGAUGAAGUCAUCAAACUAUUUUUCAUAAAAAAAAUAUUGAAUCUCUUUUUUUAUUUGCAUAAUUAUAGACAUGACCGUCUCCAUACAGAAAUUUCGGUUUGAAGACAUGACUUUUUCUCAAUAAUUUCAUUUCUGGAUGAAAUUCUGAAUUUUCUUGUUUUUUAACCGUGUUAAAAAUUUUCUUUCAAUUUUUUUAGCUUCAAAAUUGCUUCUGGGUGGCUUACUAAGCCUAAGCCUGAGAGCAAGUGUCAUUUAGGUCCCAACUCAUCGACUUCAUUUUUCCAUUUUUGGAUUAUUCCAAAUCUGUUACUUUUUUUGUUGACUGUAUACACGAAAAUAAACAUUUCAAUUUUUGUCAGCUACCCAUUCAAUUAAGUCAAGAAGAGCUGGAAAUGACGAUGACGAAUUGCGAACGCGAAAUUCGCCGGAAAUUUGAGGAGGCUGAAUCAAGAGCAAUUGCCAUUUUGCCGAUUGCGAUGAGUUUGGCGACGAUUGAGGAGUUUGUGACAAUGAUUAAUAAGAAUUCGGAGAAACGGAUUCCUGAGAUUGCGAGGUAA